AUGUCCGCCCCCCUCCCCGGCGGCUUCCUGCCUUCCCCCCUCCCCUCCCCCACCCCCUCCACCCCCUCCAUCUCCUCCCCCCACACCCACACCAGCCUCCCGCACCCGCGCCCGCGCCCCCUCCGCCCGGGCAGCGGCAGAGAAGAGACGACGCGGCGGUGGGUCGAGAAUGCGUUGUUGAAGGUUUCGAGACGGUAUGUGAAGAAGUUUCAGCCGGUUGAGAUGAGGGGGGAUGGGGGCGGGGCCGAGGCGAGGGGGUAUGAGAGGAUGGGGGAUGUGUGUAGGGAUUUGGGGGAGGUUGUAGAUGUGCUUUGGAGGAGUGGGACGCCGAGUCUACAGAUCCCGUACUUGUUUAAUAUCGCACUGGCGGUGUCGACGUAUCUACCAGCCUUCCCAGCUGCGCCGGGGGCGACGUUCGAGUUAUUGGGGAAGAUGGACCAUGCGCUUGCGAGUUUGUUGGGUGGGAAGGAUAUGGCGAGCGGGGAGGCGCUGCCGGGGCUGGAGGAGGAGGGGAGUGGGAUGAGCAGGACGGAUAUGGUGAGGUGUAAGAGUAUCGUUGAGCAGACACGUGUUGUCGUCGUGGAGGUUAUGGGGAGGGAGGGGGAGGUGGAGGAUGAGGGAAGUAUGGCUACAGUGACGGAGGAUGACGGGACGGAUGGGGGGGAUAUGCAGAUGGGUUGGGACGAGGAAGAACCCGAGCUGCAUAACAUGGAUGUCGCGAAGGUUUACGAGAACACGAUUGUCCGGCUCGACGAGGCGUUGAAUCGCGGGACGGCGUAUGAUGUUGGGGCUUCGAGUUGAAGAAUUCCUUUCCCAGAGUAAUACUCCGAGUGACUGAUGCCGAAUGAUCGACCGGGCAUACGACAGUGUAAGGGAUGCUGCCACGUGUGGCUGGGGUCGAGACAUUUCGGACGGGAUCUGGCAGAGAGUCAUUUACAAGGCUAUCCCUAGCUGUUGUUUGCUUGCUUGCUCACACCUUGCCUGUACGCCCGGGGGGAGGAGAUCGCCGGAAGUGAGGACUUGCAGAAUACGCGUAGCUGCAUGAAUGUCUUGCGGAAGCCGAAGGACAAUGGAUUACGUGCUUAGCGCCGUGGGUACGAGGGUAUCUUGUCGGAUCUGUAUCUAAUAAUGACAU